AUGCGAUUCGGAUCAUUCGUGGCUGCUACGGCUGCGCUCGUCGGCACUCUGGUGGAGGCGCAGUCGACGUCGCUCAUCAGCGGCGAUGGCCCUCCCGCACCGAGCCUGACGCGCACGGCGGCGGUGGGCAGCUGGACACCCAAGUCGUCGUCCGACGGCCUCACCAAGCCCUCGCUCGAUGGCGAAGGACGCACGAUCUACAUCAACAGCGCGAGCGACUUUUGCCUGCUCAUGCCUCCCGACCCGACCAAGCAGAACCUGGUGGAUGCCGAGGCGAUCGCGGUGAGCUACUGCAUCAACCCGACCAACGGCACGCGUCCCAUGCCGGACGGAUUCAUCAAGACGGCGCACUUCCGCCGCACGCCCGAGUACGUGCAGAUCUCGGGCACGUACGACCCGGCGGUGAUGAACCUAGGCACCAACGACUGCGGUGGCGAGUACGACUCGGAGGGAGCCGAGGGCAUCGGCAACCCGGUGGGCGUCACCAUGAAGAACGGCAGCUACUUUACGCAGUUCAUGGGCGCUUGCGACAUCCCGGGCAGCCCCGUCUUCUGCAUGCGCAUGUGCCCGUCUUACGACUACUGCAAGAACAUUUACGACCUCAUGGGUUGCCUGUGGAACCAGCCGGGCGACUACGACCAGCCGCAGGCGUUCACCAACUGCGAUGGCAACGCCGACCUGCCCAUCGGCGUGUACAACAGCAGCUACACCUUCAGCCAGGGCCAGAGCGUGACGCCCACGCCCGUCACGGCGCCCGCCUCGUCCAACUGCCGCACUGUCGCCUCGCCUACGGCCAGCGGCGUCACCUACACGUGGAACCAGGAGGCGGCCGCAUCGCCCUCGUCGUCGGCCUCCAAGUCUGGCAGCGCUGCCGGAGCGAGCGACUCGUCCGGAUCGUCGGGCGGCAGCAAGAACGCCGCACCCUCGCUGUCCGGCGCCAUCAACUUGUACUGGAUCGGUGCCACGGCGGUGCUCGGCGUCAUGGUUGGCGGCGCGCUCCUCGCCUAA